AUGGAAACCAUAAGAGCAGGUAUCGAAUUGGGUGUUCGCGCGCUAUCCUUUCAUUUGACAUCGAUGGAGAAUUGGAAGAAACGAAAUCCUGAAGAAAUGAUCGCGUUAUUGCACGGACACGGAGAACGAUUCCUCAAAUCUAGUCUGGAACCGUUGGAUUCGUUGGGUGUCAAAGUGAAAUUGAUCGGGAGGUUUUGGGAAGAUGACGACGAUGCGAACGACGACGGAAGCAAUGCUGUCCCACCGAGUGUGCGGCGGAUCGCCAAACAAAUAGAAGAACGAACGGCACACAACACGAAGAUUUUGGUCCAGUUCGGUAUGAACUAUUCCGGUCGAGAUGAACUGUUGCGGGUUGUGAACCGGGCUGUCACGGCAGCAGCCAUGCAGAACGGAACAACCACAACUGGCACCCGCCAUUUCACAGAAAGCGAUUUGGUGUCAUUGUUAGAUACGGAGGAUUCCAACGUUGAUUUGUUGAUCCGUACGGGGGACGCUGUCCGCACGUCGGGUUUCUUGCCGUACCAAUCAUGUCUCGCCGAGCUGGUGUUUGUCAAACUCAUGUGGCCCGAUUUUACCCGCGACGUUUUCGUUAACACCUGUCUCAAGGAGUUCCUAUUGAACCGAAACCGGACCCUCGGUGGGGACGAACCAAAACAGAAACAACCUAUCCACGAUGUUCCUCUACCUCUUUUCUUGGAGGAGGAAGUCGUUCUCCAUUCCACUAUACUUUAG